AUGGAAUUGCCGAUUGGAGGAGUGGACGGAGGAGUUGCCGCCUUCUGGCCAGAGGUAGAGUUGCCAGCUAGAAGUGUGGCCGAAGAUGGAGGUGUGGGCGGAUAUGGCAGCCGAUGGUUUGAUUUUAAAGUUGAGAUCAUACCCAAUGAUCAAGGGAAUAGGACUAUGCCAUCUUGUGUAUCAUUCACCGAUGUAGGACGUGUAAUAGGUGAAGGUGCUAAGAACAAGUUGGGUUCACACCCUUUGUCCACGAUUUACGAUGCGAAAAGAAUGAUUGGAAGAAGAUUCAAUGAUCCCAAACUUCAACAAAACAUGAAGUUAUGGCCUUUUCAAGUUAUUAAAGGGGCUAACAACAUCCCAAAGAUUGCACUAGAAUACAAGGGUGAAAAGAGGGAGUUUUUCGCUGCAGAGAUUUCAUCCAUGGUUCUUAUCAAACUGAAAGAAACUGCAGAGGCAUACCUUGGUGAUACCGUGUUAGAUGCCGUUAUCACGGUGCCAGCUUAUUUUGAUGAUUCCCAACGCCAAGCCACAAAGGAUGCCGGUUUUGUUGCAGGACUUAAUGUUCUACAAAUAAUCAAUGAACCUACCUCAGCUGCAAUUGCUUAUGGGCUAGACAGGAGUACCAAUAUAACUCGUGACACACAUGUGCUCAUAUUUGAUUUGGGUGGUGGUACGUUUGAUGUCUCACUUGUCACCAUUGAUAAAAAAGGUACUUUUAAAGUGAAAGCUGUUGCGGGUGACACUAACUUAGGUGGUCAGGACUUCGAUAACUUAAUGGUGAACCACUUCGUGAAGCAAUUCAAUGAAAAGCACAAAAAAGACAUGAGUGGGAAUACAAAAGCACUAGGACGGUUGAAGGCGGCUUGUGAAAAAUCAAAACGGGUUCUCUCUUCAGCCAUGGAAACCAUUAUCGAAAUUGAUGCUUUGCAUGAGGGUGUUGAUUUUUCUAUGAAAAUUUCUCGUGCAAAGUUUGAACAUCUAAAUCAAGACUUCUUUACUAAAUGCAUAAAGAUGGUAGAGAGUUGUUUACAUGAUGCGGAUUUGAAUAAAAAAGAUGUAGAUGAGGUGGUGCUUGUUGGUGGGUCAACUAGGAUACCCAAGGUACAACAUUUGUUGAAAGAAUUCUUCAAUGGGAAAGAGCUUUGCAAGAAGAUCGAUGCAGAUGAGGCUGUUGCAUACGGGGCGUCUGUUCUUGCUGCAAAGUUGAGUGGAAAUACAAGUCUACAAGUGAACAAAUUGCAUCUCAUUGAUGUCAUCCCAUUGUCACUUGGUGUAAACGUUCAUGAUGGCUCACUGAGUGUUAUAGUUAAAAGAAAUACACCAAAACCGACGACCAAGGAAAGAGAUUAUGUCACGUCAGAGGAUAACCAAACAAUUAUAACUUUCAAUGUCUAUCAGGGUGAGAGAUUUAGGUCUAUAGAUAAUAAUUGGUUGGGAAAAUUUCAAGUCCCAGUCCCACGCGCACCAAAAGGCAAGUCAAAGGUAAAAGUGGUUUUCAACAUAGAUGUUAAUGGCAUUUUAAAUUGCUCAGGUGAGGAAGUAACCACCGGCCUAAAAAAGAAGGUUAGAAUUAGCCAUGAUAAGCAGAGGCUUUCAAAGGAAGACAUCAAGAAGAUGAUAAUUGAUGCACAUAGGCAUAAACUUGACGACGAGGAGUACAAGGAGAAGACUGUUGCACGUAGUAACUUGGAAGAUUUCAUUUAUAGUGUGAAAAGCAAAAUCAAAGGCAUAAAAAAAUCUGGCAAGACAAAGAUCAAGAAGGAAGACAUGGGAAAACUAGAAAAAGCCUUGGAGGCGGCUCACAAAAUUGUUAAUGGAAGGAAGCUUCUUGAUGUUGAUGAGUAUGAGAAAACAUCAAAUCAGCUGGCAAAUUUAAGUGUUCGGAUCCUUUCCCAUGCCUAA